UCAAAUCCUGUAGUACUUUUGGCUGUUGCCUGUUGGCCAUGUGCGACCUGUGCUUUCAGUUGUAAACGACACAGAGUAAAGUCUUCGAAGCUCCACAUUUAUCGGGGCUUUGUAGUGGAACAUCAGAAUGUCGUCCUUAGCUGCACAGCUGAAGCAACUUUCAACACCAGGCAAUCUUUCAUUUCGGUCAGCAGCUCGUACGAAAACACCGUCUUUGUUAUUCAGUGAAGAUGAAGCUGCGGAUUUGGAUUUGGAGACCUUCUACGCCCAUGGCAUAAAUGGGCUUGAUGAGUUGAUCAAUAUAAAUCCAGGCUUCCAGUCUUAUCAGGGAACUCUGUUCGGAGAAGCAUCAAAGUCGUUUGAGCGAACUCUUCAGACUGCUGAGAACAAUCAGAAGCUUGACGAAGAAAUCUGGAAAUUUCUCCUGGAAGUCUCUCCUUACAUUCUAUUGAAGCCAGCGCAGAAAGCACUGGAGUGGCUCGUGCAUACAUUCAGAGUCUAUGCUUACAACACAGAUGCGUUGGUAGCAUGUACUCUGCCGUAUCAUAACACUGCAGUGUUUGUGCGUGUGUUGAAGCUGUUGCCUUUGAAAAGUCCGACAUCACGAUGGCACUGGCUACGCUCAGCACAGCGCGCAGAGUCACCACUAUCUCGAUUCACGAUCCUUCAGCAAUGCCAGUCUGUACCGGCUUUCUUGCAGUUCAUCUGCGAUGUUGUUGAGCGUGCUGUGGGCCCAUCCACAUCUGGGUAUAACACACUGGUGGCAUUCUACACCAGUUUGUGUGUUGGCUUGCUAAAUGGUGGUACGUUGGUGACAGAGCAGUUGUUGACGCAAAUUGUUCCCAGCUGUGUCAAGAGCCUACGGAGCAAUCAUGCAGAGCUGAAGGCGGGCGCAUUCAUGAUUGUUGGUCAGCUGGUAGUUCGAGCAUCACUGGAGCCUAAAGUCGUAGAGACACUGGUUGACUGUAUCUGCCGUCACAUGCAAGCUGAUAUGCUGCUUUCUGCAAUGGCAUGCCUGGUGUGCGUCUUUCAGACGCAAAGUGCAAAGUUUAGCAAACGCUGUGUGAGAGCGCUCUGCUACCAGCCUGAAGUUGUAUACAGCAUUGCACAGCUGGCUUCAUCACAUGACGUAUCCGCUCUACUUGCUAGCUUCCUGCCAAGUGUUCUAAAAGCUGCUCUUUCUCGACUAUCAUCAUCGUCAUCGCCUGCCUCGGACAGUGACACAACUGUGCGUGUCGGAAAGGCCGACUACUUCUCUGUAAUCAUGGAGGCUAUCCACAUUCUACCAUUGGAAGCCAGCCUUGCUGGGGUGCUGGGAAGGGUUGUCAUUGAAUCCUACAUUGAAAAUAGUCAGUCUUCAUCAGCAGCAACGGGUGGACAGCACACGACAGAAGUAUCCGACAAGUAUGCACAACUCAGCCGUGCACUGAAUCAAAGGUAUCCGAGUGGUAUCGACCAUGCACUGGCUGCUAUCCUGGCUGAAUUUGAUGAAAAUCGUGACGAUGCUAUUUUGGAGAAGGUUCACGACUUCAUGGAGAUGGCAUUGUGUGGAACGAAAAAUCAGGUUCUUCUGGACAGGAAUUCAGCACGAAUCCUAACCCUCAACCACCCACAAGCUCCUAUUCGAUGUCUUGCCAUUAAACAGGCCAGCCAAAGAUUGAAGGAAGCUCUGAGCCAAUCUGAGCCGAUUGAUACGAACUUCUUUGCCAGCGCGUUUGUGGAGCGCUUGUCGGACGAUGACGUCAAUGUUUGCAAAUGUGUCCUUGAUUUGAACAAAACCUUGAUCAAGUUGGUUGACUUUGAUGUUUUGUGGAGGGCCUUGCUUCAAUUAAUCGAGCGAUGCCGUGUCCAAAGUGAUGAAAGCUCUUGGUGCCAAGUUGCUGGUCAAGCUGUCGUUGUAAUGAGUCGUGCAGUUGCUCAAGCAUCAUCAACAUCCCAAUCUGGCCUACAUGCAGUGCUCGCAAUCCUGCAGCACACCUGGCUGACUCGCAGCCAUACUACAUUUUCCACGGCCUGUCUCCAGUCACUGGCAUCAUCUCUGCAGAAAGCAUCAGACUCGUUUCUCUCCUCGCUGCACACUGCCGCCAGCAAAGCUUUGUCUGCCCUGAAGGCAUCGUCCGAUGCAUCUUCCCUGGCUUCAGCAAACCGUGCUCUGCUUGACUGGACUGUGACACACAUCCAGUCCUUGUCAUGCCCGUUCACUGAUGUUGCAAAGUCUAUCCGCGGCUGGUAUUCCCAGGCCAACGCAGCUGAAUCGCUUUGUCGACACCUGUCCUGCUUACUGCUGUGCUCGUGGCUGCGUAGUGGCAAGUCAAAGAGAGCUGCCUCUUCACUAGUGUUUGAGUGUUGUCAAAUCCUUGUGGGCCUUGUUACACCACUGGUUGAUGAUAUCAAGAACCAUGCUGAUCUUGCCACUCUGAAAAAGAGCAAAGAACUCCUCCAGAAAGCAUCAGCCAAAGACCUGCAAGGUGUACUGCUAAGCAGUGUUGAGGCUAGUUGUGACGAUCUUCAUCACUGGUGGUGCACAGUGCUUGUAUUGCAAUGGUCUGUCAAGUCAAUCACCUGCUCACUGGCCAUGCCCACGCUACUUUCUGAGGCUGCCUGGUGGUGGUCGAACAGUGUUCUCAAGGAAAGCGAGGAGCAUUUGUACCUUCAGAUUAUCCGUGACCUACUGCCAUUGUUGCUGGAUGUUACUGCUUCGGUACCGCAGGCACGUUGCAAGCGCUUGUGGAGUCAGUUUUCAGAGAAACAAGGCAACUCUUCUCAUCUUCUCAAGGCUCUGUGUAUGAUUUGGACGGAAGGACUUCUACCGGAGCAAUAUGAUGAGGAUGACGCAGCAGAAGAUGAAGAAUCUAACCGAGUAUGCCUGUGCGUUAGCAAAGUCUCUGAUAUCUUCCAGAAUGAAGAAGAGCUGGAAUCACUCAUUGCCAGCCCAUCUCCCGCCAUUCCAAGUCUGAUCUGCAGUCUCUGCCAUCAUUCCGCUGAUGUUCGUCAAGCAGCUGUGUCAGCGUGCCAGGCCCUGGCCAGCUUGUGUGCUGAAAAGAAGCUGACGAGCAAAGAAAUCCCUCUGCUGUCGGUUGUCAACUUGGCCUGUGAAUUAGUAGUUCAGAUCGGUGCCGAUCCACAAGUCCUUUCAAACACGUUGGCUGAGAAAAUAUCUCGAGCUUCAGGAUUGAGUAAGGUUGCCAAGCAGUGGUCGUCUGUCAUGAAGUCGUUGGUGGAGCUUGCUGUGUGCAAUACUGCUCCUCUUCAUGUGAAGGUUAUGCUGCUAACAUGCCUGGAGAAAGUACCAUCCAAAGAAUGGCUGCCAUUGACAAGGGAUGUAGCACUACACACUCUGAGACAGCUCUUCUCCUCAACGUCAGACAAAGGCUCUUCUCGCCUGGAACACGACUACCUGCGUCAUCUUGUCCAGUGUCAAUUGCAAGCUGCCAACAUCACAAACAACAACCAUCUCAUUGCUCUGGAGACCAUCGAGACUACUCUCAAGGAGUGCCGAGCAGCAGCCAGUGAUGCUAUCUCAGCUUGUGAUAUUGUGCUGCCAGUGAUUACUCCUCCACUGUUCCUUGCCUUCCCCACGGCAUCGCGUCGUCAACUGCUUUCCAUAUUCCUGGACAAAGUCAGCGUGUUGGGCGAAGUCCGUGAUUCGGCAGCUGUACACAAAUGUCUGAUGCAGUUCCCAGUCGAUGGUGCAGACAUCUUGAAUGAACUCAACAGACCCGGUGGUGUUCUCUCUGCUCCCGAAGAGUCAUCACCACGCAAGAACAGAUCCAAGAGGAGAAAGGUGACGGAUAGCAGCUCGUCUGAUGUGGUUGACUCAUCAGCAUGGCAGCGCGCUGUCGUCUUGCUGGAGCUACUGCAGAAUGGCGAGGAACAGCUUACUAACACACACAUCCUCAUGCCACAUCUGUUCAGACUUCUCUCAUUGAGUAUUGAAGCUGAGGAUGAGACCCUGGAGAGCAGUGAAUACACCAAGCAGUUGAUCGUGUCUGGUAUCCAUACCCUGUGUCGCGCCGCCUCAACUGCAGCCAAGCAGUCCAAGCCAGGCUUGCUGAAGGCAGAGGAUUUCAAUGUUGAGUGUAUCGUGCGCUGUGUCAGAGCAUCAUCCAAUCCUCAGACUCAUCACCACGCCCUGCUGCUCCUGGCAACUGCUGCAGCAUUGUUUCCUGACCGUGUGCUGCACAACAUCAUGGCAAUCUUUACAUUCAUGGGUGCCAACUUGUUGCGGAUGGACGAUUCCUAUAGCUUUGAUGUCAUCGAGCGGACCAUUCAAACUGUCAUCCCUGCUCUUGUUCAGGCUGGUACGGCAACUCCGGGCGGCAAGUCCAAUGGUUCUGUGGCCAUUCGCGAGGGCUUCCUCCCCAUCGUCGUCGCCGUCAUGCGUGUCUUUGCCGAUGCCUGGCCGCACAUGCCUGUUCAUCGGAUCAUGUCCGUCUUUGAGAAGCUGAUGAGCACGCUGGGUUCCGAGGGCUACAUGCACUACAUGCUCAAGCUGCUGGUGGAGCGCUAUGUCCUGCAGCCCGGUGUCAGUGCAGGAAGUUCGCUACCGUCUUCCAUGAUCUCCGUACCAAGCUCAGCGGCGUCCUCGCCCACACGGGAUGGAGAUCCUUCUCUGGUCUUCUGUGAGCUUGAUUUUCCAGUUCAGCUUUGCCUUCGCUUUGACGUCUCUUCUCAGCUGAGUACACUUCUGGAGGUUGUGCAGUAUGUCGGUGACUUGCCAGUGACAAAGCCAGACACAGGGAGCAAGGGAAAACCCAAGAAAGAUCCCAAGCAGCUACCGCUGUAUGAUGUUGCCCAGCACACCGAGAAGCACCUGCAGUUGUACAAGAUCAAUCUUCUCACUAUUGUUGCUGAUGUGCUCACCAGUGAAGAGUUUAUGUUGCCAGACUCGUCACCUAAUGCGGCUGCAGAGGCUAUCCACGAGAAGGUGCUACGUCUACUGGAAGAGGUCAUGGCAUUUGCCAAUCGUCAGACCCGUCUCUCGUUGAAGCAGACUGACAAUAACCUGAAGCAAUGCCUGCGUGCAGUGUGUACCGCUGCAUACAAGAUUGUCAGUGCGAUUUGUGACCAGUUAUCGGUGGAGAUUCUGGUGGAUGUUGUCCUCAAGCUAUCUUCGCACAAGGCUGUUGCAGUUCAGAACAAGGCAUUGGAGCUACUCAAUGCUGGUCUGCAGAAGCAGGAGCGACGACCUUGGCCAGCAAGCCAGGAGAGUGUGUUUGUGAAUGUGGCUGAGCGCCUGACGGACAUUGUGCUGUCGCGUCUCACCGCCGGUGUCAGCAGUGCAUCAAGUGGCCGCGAGGAGCUCAUCACUUGUCAGUCGGCAUUCAUCAGUCUCAAGCUACUCACAUGUCAGCUGGCAGCACGUAACCCACAGCCGAUGCUCAAGGUGGCUCGCGUUGUCCUGGAUGUCAUUUCAUCAGAAGACUGCUGUCCACAGGUUUGUGCCAGUGCUAUCUUGUGCUUUGGUGAAUCAAUCACCUGCCUUGGACCUCAGCUGAUUGCUGAACUGCCCCGUGCAAUCAAGGCACUAGUGGCUGUACUGAAGUCCUCCUGGUCCAGAAUCAACCCAGUCCUUCUACAGAUAUCUGCUGUGACUGCCCUGGGAAAGAUGAUUGUGCACCUGCCAGCGUUCCUUGGCAAACAGCUCAAGAACAUUCUCAGACAGUUGGUACAUGGCAAGCUUUGUGAGGACAGAUCAGAAAGUUCUGACUCCGGCCGCAGUAAUCUGCUAUUGAGAGCUCAAGCAGCCCGAACAAGCAUAGCUGUCAAGGUUCCUGGUCGCGUCCUCUUCCCAGCUAUUCAAGAUUGCUUCCAAACCAUUGCUAAGCCAAGCAAGGUCAACAGCAUGCUGUCAUUGGUCUCAGUCUUAUCACGUGGCAUUCAGGAAGUGCCCAAAGCUGAGCUCAAGGAUUUGAGUGAAGUGCUCACCACUCUCUUCUUGGAUAUGUUUAGCUUCAUUGCCACGCGCUACAAUGAGUUCACGGAGAGCAAUAUGCGUACACUGUUGGACAAGUGUGUGCAGUGUUUCAUCACCCUGGUACUGCGCUCUUCCGAGCCUGUUUUCCGGACCAUGUUCACCAAGAUCUGCAACUGGGCUGACUAUCAGCACCAGUGCAGUGAGCGCAUGUUGAUCUUCUUCUCCUUAACCUUCAGUCUGACUGAUCGCCUCAAGGGUUUAUUCACAACAUUCGGAGGACCCGUUGUAGACAGUGCCGUAGCAGUACUGGCUGCCAUCAACAUGAAGAAGAAAGGUAAUACAUUCUUCUCUGGCGAGGAUACAAAUGGUUUUGGGCCUGAAGAUGAUGAGAGCGAAAGCAGUGACGAGAUUGAAAGCGAUGAAGAGGAAGAAAUGGAUGUAUCAGAUGACGAAGGAGCUGGCAAGGCGUUGAAAAAGAAGUCGCUGGCAUUCCCCAGUGCCGCAUGGAAGUGCCAGCAACUGGCUAAUCAGUGCGUUGACACAAUGCUGCGCUUGUUUACACAUGACAGUGACGGCCGACUGGUUCACAAGCAGCUCUUUGAAGAAGUCAUGCCACCUCUUGUUGAACAGCUUGAGAGUUGCCGUGGAUCAGUUCAAGACUACCAGCAGUAUGUCACUGACCACUUGGUGCCCUGCAUCAGUCAGUUGUCAAUGGUUGUCUCCAGUGUGCCACUAUGGAAGCAGCAGAAUGCACGCUUGCUUCAGAAGGCAGCAAGCCCUUCACCGAGAGUACGCUUUGCAGUGCUGUCAGUGCUGAAGGAGCUAUUCACGCGCCUCAGUGAAGAUUAUGUUGCCCUGCUACCAGAGACCAUCCCGGUGUUAGCCGAGCUGCUUGAAGAUGACUCGCCCGAAGUCGAGAAGCAGUGCAAGUCUCUGAUGAAGGUGAUUGAGGAGAUCACGGGCGAGACUGCUCAGUCCUUCUUCUGAUUCUAUCUUGGACACUCAUGACUAUUGUGCUAACAUGUUACUGGUCCUAUGAUGACAUGCAGCAGCAGCAGCAGCAGCAGCAGCAGCAGCGAUAUGGUAAGCCGAGUGCUUGGUCAACCCAGCUGAGCCUGUCACAGACGGAUCAACCACAUCUAGCAUCCUUCAUAAUGGUCAAGUGACGCACUUUUGAGCCGUGCUAAAACAUAACGUCUGGAGAACUCAUUCUCUGGACUGGCCGUUACGACCUUGGAAGUGAGGUGGUGUUGAGGAUAGCUUCGGUGUGAAUCUUGUGUACAUGUAUUCUGAUUCAUCUUUAGCCACUGGAAGGUGUGAUAAUAAUAAUAAUGUACAUAGCUUUUAGUUUCAACAGAUAAUACUGUACAUAUGUGCUUCGAAGUAACUUACUAUUAUCUUUUAACUACUGCAUGCCGCGCUGCUCUUUUUGUAUCAUACUUGUAAAAAUAUCAUUAAUUUUUGAAUGCUUCUUAUCAGUCAAUCAUGCUACGAACAGUGAAACAUCCAUGCCAGCACUGCUGGGUAAACUACUUUGAGUGGUUUGAUUACAUACAGCAGUUUGUGCCAGUUACGCUUGGUGCUGUGCUUACCUGUGCUGUUCAGUCUGUUGGAGUGUCCAACAUUCUACCUACUUGCUUUAUUUAUCUGCAUUUUUGUGUAAAUAUGCCGAUUUCGUGGACUUGCGGCAGCUCUGGUUCUCCCUGAUUCCUUUCAGAUCACUUGAAUUGAUUCAAGUACUCUUGCUAACAGGCAGGCACAGCUUGUAGCUACAAUGUAGUGUAGCUCCCUAUCCUUUGUCUGCAAUGACUCUGCAUAGGCCAUAACACGUGCCCUGACUCUCGCCCCAGCUAGUCUAGCUCCCAUGAUCUACAUGCACCGGUAUGUUCAUGAUCCCCAUCAUCCAAUUAGCCUACCUGUUGCAAGUACCUUUACUGUGUGCCAUUCAUCCACUAAACCAUUCUCAUAGUCGUGCUC